AUGACUUUGGGAUACGCAGAAGUGAACCGCAAAGACACACGAGGGCCUGUUUUCCGCAUGGAACCGCCACCAAAAGUGGAUUUUUCAAACAACAGUGGCACGGAGCUACGCUGCAGUGCAGAUGGCUAUCCACCUCCAAAACUGACGUGGCUAACCAAAAGUGGGGAUAUGAUUCGUGAUAUACCGGGUCUUCGUCAAUCCAGAUCGGAUGGAACCUUAGUUUUUCUGCCUUUUCCAAGAUCAGAGUACAGACAAGAUGUCCAUGAUGCCAUUUACCAGUGCUCUGCGUCCAACAUUGCUGGUAGUGUGCUUAGCAGAGAAGUGCACGUAAAAGGAGUGAUCAAACAGAGAUUCGAUCCUCAAGUGUAUGACGAAUUCGUGGUUCGAGGUAAUACAGCAGUACUCCGUUGCCACUUGCCAUCCUUCGUGCGGGAAUACGUCACAGUGGACUCCUGGAUCCGAGAUGACAAACAGGUUCUGAAAAGAAAUGAUAUGAAAGGAAGUUCUUAUACGGUGCUUAAUUCCGGAGAAUUACUCAUUCAUGGAGUCUUGGAAAAUGACUCUCAGAGGACCUUUUUGUGUCAAACUCGCCACAGACUAACAGGAGAAAUGGUCACAAGUGUCAACGCUGGAAAAAUUGUGGUAACAGAGUCCCAUGCUUCGACGCUACCUCGUGUGACAUUCAGCAAACCUCAAAUAAGAGCAGAGGAAAACGCUUUCACGCAGAUGCCAUGCGUAGCACAAGGAAGCCCCGCGCCUACAUACAGGUGGAUGAAGGACACGUCUGGAGUACUACAGCACAUAGAAGAAGAUGGAAGGAUCUGGGUUAAUCAAGGAACGCUCAACAUUAAGAAAGUUCAGUUCAGUGACGGUGGAAAAUACCAGUGCAUUGUAAGAAACAGCAUAGGAGAAAGAAGAAUUGAAAGCGUUUUAAUUGUCACAGCUCCAUUAAGUGUCACCAUAAGACCCGCUCGUCAAGUCCUCAACAUAGGUCAGGAGGCAACGUUUAACUGCAAUGUGACUGGUUAUCCAGUUCAUACAAUCUCUUGGAAGAAGGACCAGCGAGCAAUAUCCUCCUCCAGCCGUGUCAGACUUUUGUCGAGAGACGUCUUGCACAUAACGUCCGUACGAAGAGACGAUAGAGGAACGUAUCAAUGUUUUGUGUUCAAUGAUUUUGACGGAGCACAAGGAACUGCAGAAUUGAAAAUAUCAGAUGUUGCGCCCACCCUGAUAUCGGCCUUUCCAGAACACACUGCUCACCAGGGCGACAUGAUCUCUUUGAAGUGCGUCACGACUGGGAAUCCCCUCCCCCGCAUCACUUGGUUCCUAGACGAUAUCCCACUUCAACAAGGCCCUCGAGUGGCUGCGGUGGAUCGGAUCGGGGACCUCGGUCACGUGACAGGCAUCCUCAACAUCAGCGAGGCCAGAGUCGAAGAUGGGGGAGAAUACAGGUGUCAAGCAGACAAUGACGUCGGCAGCACGUUCCAUGAAGCUCGGCUGAACAUCUAUGGGCCGGCCUUUGUUCGUGAAAUGGUGAACAUCACUGCGAUAAAUGGAGAGGAUCUUGUGAUACGAUGUCCUUACGGCGGAUAUCCGAUUAAAGGAAUUCGCUGGUACAAAAAUGGUGUUCUCCUGCCACUGAAUCACAGACAGAAAAUAAAUCACGGAGGAACCAUCACAAUACAAGAAGUACAAAGGAUAUCAGACAGAGGAGAGUACAGCUGUACUGUGAAAAGCACCGAAGGUCUGACGGCUACGGGAAAGACCUUUGUAUCUGUUGUUGUACCUCCUGUGAUAGACCCCCACUACUUUCGCGAAAGCAUCACAGUCAACGAAGAAGCUCGUACGAAGUUGAUGUGUGUGGUUGUUGAAGGCGAUCCGCCGAUGCGCUUCAGCUGGUUGAAAAAUGGCCACACGUUCCUUGCUCAUGGGGAUACCACAGUUCAAACGUUUGAAGACACGUCCAUUGUUACUUUCAAGAAAGUAGUGUCCAGUGACAGAGGCCAGUAUUCUUGCAUAGUUGCAAACGUCGCAGCUUCAACGAACAGGACAAUGCAACUAAUAGUGAAUGUUCCUCCGCAAUGGACGGUUGAGCCAAAAAAUACUUCUGUGGUAUUGGGACAAAGGGUGUGGAUGGAUUGCGCAUCUGUUGGAUUCCCUUCACCUAGUAUACUUUGGAAGAAGCUCAUUCAAUCAGAAAGCAGUACUGGAGAUUUCACGUAUGUUCAUUCUAAUCCUCGAGCUCACCGAUAUAGCAACGGAACUCUUGUCAUAUCAGAUGUUGAAGAAAACGACGGAGGCUCUUACUUAUGUCAAGCAAGCAAUGGAAUAACUUCCGGACUCAGCAAGAUCAUUUGGCUGCACGUACUCAUUCCUCCGAUGUUUAAAGAGCCUUAUCAAACAAAAAGCGUAACGGAAGAAUCGAAUACAACUUUGAGGUGCAUUGCUACGGGACAUGCGCCCAUUGUCAUAACAUGGCAAAAAGACAAGUCUCUAAUAGACAUGAGCAAACGUGGGAGGUUCUCUGUGAGAGAUAUAGCAGACUCAAGGCAGACGAUGUCUGAGUUGCACAUCAUGAAAACUCAUCGAAAUGAUUCCGGCACGUACAGCUGCUCUGCAGUUAGUGAUAUAGGAUCUGAUGAAGCUACCAUACAAUACAUAGUACAAGGAAGACCGGACCCACCAUCCAAUAUCUCCAUUGUGAAUGAAACUAGUCGCUCGGUGACGCUGCAAUGGGAUGUGACCAACGACGGCAAUGCUCACAUAUCUGGAAGUGUGAUUCAGUAUCAAUCGAUAUCCGAUAGUAGCUGGAAUGGGCAAACGUCACAGCUUAUAGUUUCUGGAUCGGAAAAAAUGGCGACGCUGCGAGCAUUAUCUCCAGUAACUCUUUACUUCAUACGCAUCGUGGCCGAGAAUGCAUUGGGGCACAGUUCUCCAAGUGAAGUGAUUAAUGUUACCACGGCUGAAGAAGCACCAUCUGGGUCCCCAAGAGACGUUCAAGUGCAUUCAACCGGAGCUCAAUCAAUGAAAGUAUCUUGGAAGCCACCUCCCGAAGAAAUGUCAAACGGAUACAUACGAGGAUACUAUAUUGGAUAUAGAACAUCAUCCUCGACCGACCCUUACACCUACAAACAGGUAGAAAGAUCAGAGAGCGAGCAACAGUCCACUUACAUAACUGGGCUCCAACCAUUUACGAAAUACGACAUUGUAGUGAAGGCUUUCAACUCUGCAGGUGCUGGGCCAAAAUCCCCGAAAAUUUCAGGAAAAACGCUGGAAACGGCUCCUCCUACGUCGCCUACUGUACAAAUCACUGACACAUCUAAAUCUUCAAUUGAAAUCAAAUGGGAAAAAGAUACGAAAGACAAGUCGGCAAUUACAGAAUACACACUCCAUUAUAAAUCAGACGAAGGUAACUGGCAACAGGAAAAACUCACCAGUACUGUUGAUCGCUACACGCUGAGAGAUUUAAGAUGCGGUAGCAGAUAUCAACUGUAUAUGACAGCUUCAAACAGUUUGGGCACAGGAGAGCCAAGUGAUCCUGUGUACACAAGAACAAAAGGAGCAGCCCCCAUGUCACCGCAAGAAUCUGCAUUCCUGACUCCCAACGCAAGCUCCGUGAGAUUAAAUCUGAACGCCUGGCAGAGUGGUGGAUGUCCUAUUCUUCACUUUGUUGUCAAAUACCGUCCUAAAUACCAGAACCAGUGGACGGCGGUUCCUGACAAACUCGAAAUGCCCAGAGAUUCCUACGUCAUCAGACAUCUCUCUCCAGACCGCGACUACGUUGUCAUGGUUACUGCCCACAGUCAAGCGGGACUCACGCAAGCGGAAUAUUCAUUCAGGACCCUUCAUGCAUCUCAAGCAGGUUUACCUUCAUCUCCUGCUUUUGGGAAAAGAGAGACAGACAUACCAUUUUACAAAAACGUUGCCUUGAUCAUUCCAGUUGUGGUGUCGUCAUUGGUCCUAGUGAUGAUUGCUUUCAUCGUUGUCGUCUGCUUUAGAAAGCAUUCACAAGAUCGGAGAGAUUUUGAUAUGCGUAAACCUUCUGGUGAUUCAGUUAUGUUGAGCGAUCUCAGCAAGCAGAUAACAAGUAAACCAAUGAAAACAUCUCAUUAUUCUUAUCCAACAGAAUACGCUGAGCCGUAUACGUGUGGAGAUUUUGCCGUACCGAAACAGGACUCUGAUGGCCUCUUUGCUACAAUAAAGAGGUGUCCAACUAGGCCGGUAUACAUGUCUGGACCUUAUAAGCAAGACUCAGAUGCGAAUCGACAGACGUGUGCGCAGAGCGCCAGUGGUCACGUGCGAUCCAACAGCAGCGACAAAGACCGAAUCCAAGCGAAGAGCCCGCACCUGCCAAUGCGAUGACAGUGCGUGACCUCCCACGACGAGUCGUCGUCCACCUCACUGUGUACAUUGCCAUUGAGAGAGACCUUCAUCUGAGUGCUUCAACUGUUUGCUCACACUUAAUCCUGCCAAAAUUGACGUGUACAUAAGGAAAUGAUGUGUAUCACGCAUGUUUGAGAUAAAUAAAAUUGC